AUGGCUUUCAUGAUGAUGAAGAAGAAGUUCAAGUUUAAGGUGGACUUCGAGCUGGAGGAGCUCUCCUCAGUGCCCUCUGUCAAUGGAAUCUUCUGCAAGAUGCAGCUGCUGGACGGGGGCAGCUUCUGUGCCGAGUCUUCCAGAGAGGUGGUGCAAGCAAAUUGUGUUCACUGGAGAAAGAAGUUCUCAUUUAUGUGGAAAAUGAGUGCGAGUGCUGCUACAGGCAUUCUGGAUCCUUGCAUCUACAGGGUCUCUGUGAGGAAGGAAUUAAAAGGUGGAAAGGCUUAUGCAAAGCUGGGCUUUGCAGAUCUAAACCUAGCAGAGUUUGCUGGAUCAGGAAAUACCACUCGUCGCUGUUCACUAGAAGGUUAUGAUACCAAAAAUACAAGACAAGAUAAUUCUAUUCUUAAGGUCUUGAUAAGCAUGCAGCUCAUGUCUGGUGAUCCGUGUUUUAAAACACCUCCAUCCACAUCUAUGUAUAUACCGAUUGCUGGUGAAUCUGAAUCUCUACAUGAGGAUCAGAAGGGUGGAGAGACUCUCAAAAUCCAUCUUGGAUUGUCAGAUCUUUCGGCAAAGAGUGCUUCCGUUCCAGAUGAACUUGGUGCCUGUGGACACUCCAGAACAUCAAGCUAUGCAAGCCAGCAAUCAAAAGUAUCAGGUUAUAGUACAUGUCACUCCAGGUCAUCUAGUUUCCUUGACCUCUGCCACAAGAGAAAUGCUUCAGUGGGAAGUACAUCAACAAGAAUUGAAAGUAUCCUGGAGCCAAGUGAUGAUACUGAACCAAAAAUUGAUCUUAAUCCUGAUGUACCUAUUAAACAAGAUUCGGAUGAAUCAUCAGAAAAACUCAACAGGCACCCUGUGAAGCAAGAUUCUGUGGAAUCUCAACUAAAACGUGUUGAUGCUACCAGAGUGGAUGCCGAUGAUAUUGUUGAAAAAAUAUUGCAAAGUCAAGACUUCAGCUUGGACUCCAGUGCAGAAGAAGAAGGACUGAGGCUCUUUGUGGGUCCAGGAGGGAGUACGUCUUUUGGCAGUCAUCACCUUCCAAAUAGAGUGGGAUCUGGUGCAUAUGAGCAAGUCCUGAUCAAACGCUAA